ACUACAGCAGUGCUACGAGAAAAUACCACAGUCUACUAAAUAAUAGCUCGUUUCACGCAGUAUCUUCACAGUUCACAGAGGCCGUUGACUACAAUAUCAUCCAUCCCUUUCUAACAAGCAUCUAUACUCUUCCGUAAAUCGAAAUCAAAGCUCGUCGGGAUUGGAGCGCGAUGAAGUUCGAGCGGUUGCUGCAAGAGAGUGAAGUGAAAUGCGAAUCGACGUGCGUUCGGAAGAUGGCAGGCUAUCUAUUUCAUUAACCAUUUCCAACACAUAGAAACGUUGAAUCUUAAAGAAAAUAUACUCAUUUCCAAGUAAUUGAUCUUAAAUCAUACAUUUAAACGUAAAAAAGAGCUUAGGAACUACAAACAUACUCAAAAAAAUGGCAGUAAUCAAAUAUUUUUAACCUACAAAUCGUUCCAAAUCGUUGACAUUUCACAAACGUUUUGAACAAGCCGGCCGAAAUUUUUACGCUCUCGUAUGUGCGGAACGUACCUGCAUAUGGCGGACGCUCAGUUUGUGUUUAUGUCAAUAAGAAACUGAUUUUUAACAUUUGCGCGGGUGUGGAUUAAACAAUAUAUUAAUAAUAAUGUGCUAGUGGAACCUGUGUAUUGUGUGUUUUUUUCGUGAUAAUGGUUUUCGUGGUUGGACACUUGGAUAACUCGAUAUCUUCGUUGUACUUAUAAGGACAUUUAGUUCCCAGCCCGAAAACGUCAAACAAUGGAGGCUGACACCACACCCGCGCGGCCCGGCGCCGGUAAAAUGCGAGAGCGGCGCUGUGCGCUCCACCGCACCGUCGCUCUACUGCUCGCCUACCUCCUCUUCCUCAACUGCCAAGUCGACGCUGCUGAUCCCCCCGAGAUCACCAUCCGCCCCAGGAACCUGCAAGUGCGCGCGAACGGUAUCGCCGCGUUCUACUGCGCGGCGCGAGGAGACCCCAUACCGAACAUCCAGUGGAGAAAGAACGGGAAAAGAGUUUCUAGCAUGCAGUCCCGAUACCAAGUGUCCCCGAUGGACGCGGCCGCCGGUCCGGCUGCGAAUGGUGCUGUGCUCCGGAUCGAACCGGUUCGGGCUCAACGUGAUGACGCGACCUACGAGUGUGUCGCGGAGAACGGCGUCGGAGAUGCUGUGACUGCUGUUGCUACUCUUACGGUUUUUGAAGCCGACAAAGCGCCCCCUGGUUUCCCGAACAUCGCUCCGCCUCCGACGACCAUGGUGGUGGAAGUCGGUCACACCGCCACGCUCCCGUGCCAGGCCACUGGUAACCCGUCACCGAAGGUCCGCUGGCUUUGGAACUCACUGCCGCUAGAUGUCGCCUCUAACCCAAGAUAUGCGCUGCUGAACGACAAGAUGCAUGGUACAUUACAAAUCGUGAAGAGCGAGGAGGAAGACCACGGCAAGUUCGAGUGCGUCGCCGAGAAUUCAAUCGGGACCGAGUUCUCCAAGCCCACCGUGCUCUAUGUCAAAGUACGACGAGUGGCCCCGCAGUUCUCGAUACCGCCGCCCCCGAAGUCGGAGGUGAUGCUGGGCGGGAAUCUGACCCUCAAGUGUGUCGCCUUCGGUUCACCUAUGCCUACUGUUAAAUGGAGAAAAGGUUUAACAAAAUGGCUGACGCCGGAGGACAACCCGCCUCUUGGUCUGAACACCCUCAAGUUGGAAGACAUCCGGGAGUCAGCGAACUACACCUGCGAGGCCGCCAGUGUUCUCGGUGUGAUUGAGGCUAUAGCUGAGGUUAAAGUGCAGUCGUUACCGGGCCCGCCAACUGAAGUACGUCCCUCAGAGAUCACAGCCACCACAGUACGCCUGACCUGGACGUAUAAUGGGCCAGAGGAGCCACAAUACUACGUCAUACAGUAUAAACCGAAAUACGCUAACCAGGCAUUCAGCGAAAUAUCAGGAGUGAUCACCCAGUACUAUUCAGUAACGAACCUAUCUCCCUACACUGAGUACGAAAUGUACGUGAUCGCUGUCAACAAUAUCGGUAGAGGUCCACCUUCAGCGCCAGCCGUCAUCACCACUGGAGAAACCGUGGAUUCCUUGUAUGGAGGUGCCAAACCGGGUUCAGCACCUCGCAACGUGCAAGUCCGUCCACUAAGCUCGAGUACAAUGGUGAUACAGUGGGAUGAACCAGAGACGCCCAACGGACAAGUUACGGGUUACAAAAUCUUCUACACCACGGAUCCCUCGCAACCAUUGCAAUCGUGGCACUCGCAAAUGAUGGACAACAGCCACCUUACCACGAUCAGUGAGCUGACUCCGCACACGGUGUACACGAUACGAGUGCAGGCCUUCACCUCGGUAGGACCGGGACCGAUAUCCGCGCCCGUACAGGUUAAGACGCAGCAAGGAGUACCGUCGCAGCCAUCGAACCUGAUAGCAGUGGAAGCUGGCGAGACUUCCGUGACCCUCUCCUGGAGAAGACCAGCCCACGCUGGGGAUAACAUAGUGUCGUACGAGUUGUACUGGAACGAUACCUAUGCAAAAGAACACCAUAGGAAGCGGAUACCAAUAACAGAGACCUACACUCUGAACGGGCUGUACCCGAACACGUUGUACUACAUCUGGCUGGCUGCGCGCUCGCAGCGGGGCGAGGGCGCGACCACGCCGCCCAUCGCCGUCCGGACCAAGCAAUACGUUCCUGGAGCGCCCCCGAUGAAUGUGACGGCGGUGGCCGUGUCGCCCACCGCGGUGCGCGUGUCGUGGCAGCCGCCGCCCGCCGAGCGCGCCAACGGCAGGAUCGCUUACUACAAGCUGCUUUGCGUGGAGUCGGGGAGGGGGGACUCGGAGGCCACGGUCGUCAAACUCAAUCAGACGUCGUUCGUGCUGGACGAGCUGCGCCGCUGGACCGAGUACCGCAUCUGGGUGCUGGCCGGCACCAGCGUGGGCGACGGGCCCGCCUCCUACCCCGUCACGGUCCGCACGCACGAAGACGUACCCGGAGAGCCCCAAGACGUGAAGGUGAUAGCCAUCAACUCCACGUCCAUCCAUGUCACGUGGAAGCCGCCGCAGGAGAAAGAAAAGAACGGCAUUAUAAGGGGGUAUCAUGUACACGUGCAAGAAGUGAGAGAAGAGGGCAAGGGACUACUUAAUGACCCGAUGCGAUUUAACGUAAUGGACGAAACGACGCUCGAAUUGAAUAUAUCGGGGCUUCAACCGGAUACGCGGUACAACGUGCAAGUGGCUGCUCUGACGAGGAAGGGGGACGGUGACCGAAGUACGCCGGUGUCUGUGAAGACGCCUGGCGGUGUGCCAAACAGGGCUACCGUCAACCUGAAGGUUUUAGAAAGGGAGCCAGUUGUAUCAAUAGAAUUAGAAUGGAGUAAACCGUCCCAAACUUAUGGUGAUUUGCUCGGGUAUCGAUUACGGUACGGAAUAAAAGAUCAACCCUUAGAGGAAGUCAAUUUCCCCGGUACUAAGGUGCACUCGUAUAAAAUUAACGACUUAGAGAGAGGUGUCCAAUAUGAAUUUAGGGUAGCAGGUAAAAACCAUAUCGGUAUAGGUCAAGAAACUAUCAAAUAUUGGCUAACACCUGAAGGUGCACCGAAAGGGCCUCCAACGAAUGUCACAUACCAUUUCCAAACACCAGACAUUAUUAGUAUUACUUGGGAAGCUCCAAUCCGAGCUGACCGUAGCGGACAAAUUAAGAAAUACGAUGUCCAGUUCUACAAGAGAGGAGAUCAAUCGUCCGUUGCAGAGAAGACUACGGAAUUAACUAAAGCAGUGUUCACUGGUUUAGAGGAAGAUGCGCAUUAUGUGUUCAAAGUACGCGCGUACACAGACCAAGGAGCUGGACCGUACAGUAAAGACGUGACGGCUCACACUGAAAGGGACAUCGGUAGAGCGCCCAUGUCAGUUAAAGCCGUCGCGACUUCUGAGUCCAGUGUCGAAGUUUGGUGGGAAACGUUCCGAUCGAGAAAGAAGAUCAUUGGUUACGUCAUAUUCUAUACUAUGACGCCGGUUGAAGAUCUAGAUGAAUGGCAACAAAAGAAUGUUCACGUCACGCACUCGGCUGAUUUGGAAAAUUUGGAAAAGUUUGCCGAAUACGCUGUCGCUGUUGCUGCCAAAACAGCUGAUGGUCUUGGAAGGUUAUCAGAGAAAGUCACUGUUAAAGUCAGACCAGAAGAAGUGCCUUUACACCUUAGGGCUCAAGAUGUGUCCACACACUCCAUGACGUUGUCAUGGUCACCUCCGUUACGCUUAAACCCCGUUAGCUAUAAGAUAUCCUACAAUGCAAUUAAAGAAUUUGUUGACUCUCUUGGUAUGACGCAAACGCAAGAAAUACCAAGAAAGGAAAUUAUUGUGAAGCAUGAUAGAACAUCGUAUUCGAUAAAUGAUCUAUCACCAUUCACAACGUAUAAUGUUAAUGUAAGUGCCAUACCUAAUGAUGAUUCGUAUCGACCGCCAACGAAGAUCACCGUCACCACGCAGAUGGCAGCGCCCAAGCCUAUGGUGAAGCCAGACUUCUACGGUGUUGUUGAAAACGAAAUUCUUGUUAUUCUACCUCAAGCCUCGGAAGAGUACGGACCCAUAUCGCAUUAUUAUCUAGUUGUAGUGCCUGAUGAUAAAGCCCAUAAUCAUAAGAAUCCGGAUCAGUUCCUAACAGACGAUUUAAUAAAAAAUAAUGUUCGAACAGAUGAUGAAAACGCACCCUACAUUGCGGCCAAAUUCUUACAACGAAAUAUUUUGUAUACAUUCCAUCUCGGUAAUGAUGAAAUGUAUGAAGGUUUCCUAAACAGAAAAUUGAAUCCUAGUAAAAAGUAUCGAGUGUUCGUAAGAGCUGUUGUGGAUACCCCCCAAAAGCACCUUUAUACGUCCAGUCCAUUUUCGGAGUACUUAUCUUUGGAUAUGCGGGAAGCGCCUCCUGGCGAGGAACCGAGCAGACCUGACCCUAAGGACAUCCAUGGAGAUCCCGAAAUCAAAAUUGAAGAGAAUAGGAAGGAAGCCGGUAUGGUGUGGGUCAUUGGGCCUAUUAUUGCAGCUUUAAUGCUUUCGCUGUGUUUAGUCGUAUUGUUUAUAUUUAAGAGAAGACGGCAGCCCUGCAAAGCCCCUGAUCAGGCUGCAGUGACCAGACCAUUAAUGUCAGCCGAUGUUGGCUUCGGCGCACCAUCAGACCCAGUCGAAAUGAGACGGUUGAAUUUCCAAACUCCUGCUAUGAUUUCACAUCCUCCAAUUCCUAUUUUGGAGCUUUCUGAACACAUAGAUAGACUAAAAACUAAUGAUAACCUGAAGUUUUCACAAGAAUAUGAAAGUAUUGAGCCCGGCCAACAAUUCACAUGGGAUCACUCCAAUAUGGAAGUAAACAAGCCCAAGAAUCGUUAUGCCAAUGUCAUAGCCUACGAUCAUAGUCGAGUGAUCCUUCAGCCUAUCGACGGAAUACUUGGAAGCGACUACAUUAACGCCAACUACUGCGAUGGCUAUCGCAAACAUAAUGCUUACGUCGCAACUCAAGGACCACUCCAAGAAACACUAGCAGAUUUCUGGAGAAUGUGCUGGGAACUUCGCACUUCUACCAUAGUGAUGAUGACUAAACUAGAGGAAAGAACUAGAAUCAAAUGUGAUCAGUACUGGCCUAGCAGGGGGACCGAAACGUACGGCAUGAUGUCCGUAACCAUAGCCGAGGUUCAAGAGCUCGCUACUUACUGUAUUCGGACAUUCCAAGUUGAGCGAAAUGGAAAUAGUAGCGAGCGUCGGGAGAUCAAACAGUUGCAAUUCACCGCAUGGCCUGACCAUGGAGUUCCUGACCACCCAGCGCCGUUCCUACAAUUCUUACGUCGUGUGAGAGCUUUGAAUCCUCCCGACGCUGGACCAUUGGUCGUUCAUUGCUCUGCUGGCGUCGGCCGCACUGGUUGCUUCAUCGUGAUUGAUUCUAUGCUUGAAAGAGCUCGCCAUGAACGAACCGUUGAUAUCUACGGCCAUGUAACAUGUUUGCGAGCUCAACGUAACUACAUGGUGCAGACCGAAGACCAAUACAUUUUCAUCCACGACGCUCUGCUCGAAGCCGUUAUUUGCGGUGACACUGAGGUCCCCGCACGUAACCUACACGCUCACAUUCAAAAGCUAAUGCGCGUCGAUCCCAUUGAAAAUAUCACUGGUAUGGAAUUGGAAUUUAAAAAGUUGGCGAAUAUGAAAGCCGACUCUAGUCGAUUUGUGUCAGCUAGUCUGCCGUGCAACAAGCAUAAGAAUAGAUUGGUGCAUAUCUUGCCCUUUGAAUCGACUCGCGUUUGUUUGACGCCUCGUGAUGGGUCUGACUACAUCAACGCGUCGUUCGUGGAUGGCUAUAGAUACAGAGCAGCGUACAUCGCCACCCAAGGCCCGCUGUCAGACACUACUGAUGACUUCUGGCGAAUGCUUUGGGAACACAAUUCGACAAUCAUUGUGAUGCUAACCAAGCUGAAGGAGAUGGGCCGAGAAAAAUGUCACCAGUACUGGCCGUCAGACCGUUCUGUGCGUUACCAAUGCUUCGUGGUGGAUCCGAUCGCAGAAUAUAACAUGCCUCAGUACAUCUUGAGGGAAUUCAAGGUCACGGAUGCCCGCGAUGGUUCGUCGAGAACGGUGAGACAGUUCCAGUUCACGGAUUGGCCGGAGCAGGGAGUGCCCAAGAGCGGCGAGGGCUUCAUCGACUUCUUAGGACAAGUUCACAAGACCAAGGAGCAGUUCGGUCAAGACGGACCGAUCACUGUUCACUGCAGCGCGGGCGUGGGCCGCACCGGCGUGUUCAUCACGCUGUCCACGGUGCUGGAGCGCAUGCAGUACGAGGGCGUCGUGGACGUGUUCCAGACAGUGCGCACUCUGCGCACGCAGCGCCCCGCCAUGGUGCAAACUGAGGACCAGUACGAGUUCUGCUACCGCGCGGCUCUUGAGUACCUCGGCUCCUUCGACCACUACGCCAACUGACGAUGAGACAUACUCGUCUAAACGCAAACGAACACUGUCGCGCGAACUAUUAUCACGUAUGUACUUAAUUUGGGACAAAGGAGUAUCUAUUAUAAUGUCAUACCGUAUAUUGUAACUUUCAAGUCAGUCAUUUAAACAAAAGUUUUUUUGUUGGGAUUGAAAUUUUGACAGCUAAUCCAAGAUGGCGACUCGGCCGUUAUAUAUAAAUUCUGAACGGUUUCGGAGGAAAGUAAGUUAAUGUUCGGUAUCAGUAUAAAUGUUUAAUGGUUUAUCAAUUGUUCUGGAGUAAUCUAGGGAUUUCUGAUCAUCUCAUGCACGCAUUAAGUCAAAUCAAUCAGAAUCGUAUAGAUGCAAAGACAUUAUAGAAUCCACUUAGACAUGUUCCAUCUUUUAUUCAUGGCCAUGCAAUGAAGACAAUAAUAAAUAUAAAAUAGAACUAACUUUUCAGAUCCCACUUAAAUCAUUAGAUAAUUAAAAAAAAACCACUACAGAUUAAAAAUAUAACUUCUUUGUCCCAACUCGCCACAGAUAUAAAAUAUCUAACGACAGAGUUCCGCGCUAGAGACGUAACGUAGGUAGUGAUGUACCGACGAGAUUGACAGACUGUCAUUUUCACCCUUGUAUAAGAGGCUAAAACAUGUAUGAGUGCCUAGGAACGCUACUUAUGAUGUAAUUUACGAUUGUGACCACUUAAAAUCAUGAUUGUGAGUCGGAAGGGUAAUAACUAUAAUUAAUUAUUAUCCUAUUAUCUAACUUAUGAUAGAAUAUGAGCCGGGAACAUGUUUAGUGUACGCUACUGUGGAUAAAUGUUGAAUGAAUGAACACUAUGAAACGUUGAUCGUUAAAUAUUACGAUACGGGUCGUUGGGCCCCUUUUGUAAAGUGCUCAGCUUUGGUACUACGAAAACUUAAACGAGGAUUUUUAUCGUUGUCGAAGCGAGACGCCGUUACACGCUGUGUAUUAUGCUUUCUCGCUUCCACAAGAGUAAGAGUCCUGUAUAAGUGUUCGUAGUAGAGGCCCAUGACGUAAUACGAUGGAUACAUAUAGUUGCUUUAAAUCUUCGCAUGUCUAAACGUGUCCCCGGCUCCUCACUGUUCGUGCUAUUUUUGUCUCUAAAACGGAACAGUCAAAUGUUAAAGUCCAUAUAAACAGUUGAAUUAUACUUAGAUGCAUUUAUAUGAUGAGAAAGAGUUUUGAGAAAUAUUUAAUGAUCAGUGUAAUGGUUACGCCGUGAAAAUAUAAUUUGCGUGCAAAUAUAAAAUUACCUAACAUUAGUGAAUGAACAGCGCUUAGAGACUUAAAUAACUUUAUGCGGUAUAUUCAAUUCUGAUCGUCACACAUAUAUACAAACAUAUUGUAAAAUGUAUAAAUAGUUAUUGCAGCUGUAAUUAGAAGUUUAUUUUUCAUAUCGGGUGUUAAAAUAUGUUUAAGUAGUGUAAAUUGUGGUAACGCGUUUCAUUAUUGCAAUAUUAUAUGGAAACUAGACGAAUCGGCUGUGUCGUGUGAAUUUUUGUCUGUCCUGUGAGUAGUUCAUAAUUAUGUAAAUAUUUGUAUUUAUCAACGUUUGUAACUUUGUUGCUUCUGUUAAGACUUGCCCGUUUGAACCAGCCAAUCGUGUUGCCGUUAAUAGGCCGCGGAAACAUAUUUAGCAUACGCUACGCAAAUACCAUUAGUCAAAGUAAAUACUAUUUAGUUAAUUGUAAUUAAGUAUUGCAGUGGAAAUUGACGAUUAAAUUCUGAUUUAAUCCAAAAAGGUUUUCAAUCAAAAUAGAUUCAAAUCACAUGGAAUCGUGUAAAGUUGAACUUUUAUUUUUAAAAUGCUAAAACUAAUAUCGGCCAAUUCGUUUCUUAGUUUAAUUUGCGAACAAAGAUAUCUGUCAGUUUUCUGACCCGAAACGUUACUUAUUUUCAAUCACUGCUUGCUUUUAGAAGAAAUCGUGAUUCGAUGACAUAUCUAUAUGUAGUUAGAUAAAUAUGUUUUGGUGUGGUAAAUAUAGAGUAAGGGGUUCAGAUUCAAUUAUAUUUGGAUCGAGAAUCUACGUAUGAUGUAAAAGAUAUGAAUUAAUUCUGGUUGCAAAAAGGCUAUAUUGCAAAGACCGUUAACAAAAAUAAAUCUCUUUUUUUAUUGAUGUCAAGAUUUUUUACAUCGACUUUUGGUUGUUUUUGCUUCUCAUAAAACGUGGAAAGUAAAGGACAUCGGUAAGACAUAGCGAGUGACACGCGCGACUGCCACGACUCUAUCACUAUUUUAAGCUAUCUUUAAGUGUAGUAUGUUAUUUAAUCUUUUACAGUAAUCCCCUUGCAUAGUAAAUGUAUAAGAAUUUUUACGUUUUUCACUCGUUUUAUACAAUAUACCUACUACUUGUAUCAAUCUACCUAUUUAUAAGUUAAAUUUGAGCUUGUAUGAAACUUAGGGAAUAAGCGGUGACGCUGUAUUCAAACAUUAAUGUAGAUUUGCGGACAAUUUAAGAAGAGGCUCAUACUAAGGAGGAAGUUAUAAUAAGUACGUGUGGUCCCGGCCGGCAAACGGCCGCGACAUUCGUUACUGCCAAUCGUUUCACUUAGCUAUAAAAAAAGUAAAAAUAAAAAAUACAAUAAAAUACGAAACGUACGUAGAGUUAAUGAAAAAUAUUGUUAAAUUGAGGUUAUAGUGAAAAAUUUAAUAUUCGUUGAUGAAUCAUGUAUUUAGCGAGGUUCGAACAUUUACACGCUAGCGAGCACGAGAAGCUUCUUAACUUGCUUUAUCAAUGAGCAGGUCAAAAAAUAAUAAUGUUUAAGUGAUUUUAGGCUUUACUUUUCUAUCAUUCCUUUAUUUUUUCUUAUUUUUAUUUUUAUCGUCGUGAACGAUAUUUUCUUUUUGUAAACGUAUCCGAACGCACAUAACGAUCUCUUUUACAGUUUUCGUAUGUCAUUCUUAGGCUUAGGUAAUGUAUCAUUCUGCCAUUAAGUAAUAACAUGUUAUAACUGUCACAGUCGUAAUACCGCGUAACUAUGAAAAGUAAUUUGGAACAGUUUGUUGCUGUUUUCAAACAUAUUUAUGUAAAUAGAAUAAAUCAUGAAAUAAUUAAUUACAAUUUUAUUUUACCGUUUCAUAGGUGUCAGAGAACAAUAAUUAAAUAAAGGUAUUUUGUAGACUUAGGCUUUUCGUACAUAUGUAGGUCAAAUAACUUGACACUUUAAUCUCCGAGUGUCUAAUCCGUCUUUGGCGACUAAAAUCAUCGGGCUUUGAACACUUGUGUUACCUCCUGUACGCAUAACCUAGGUCUACUAAAAACCUAGGCAACUAAACCUUGGGAAACGAGGCAGCUUAUUAACAAGUUUUUAUAGUUACGCGGCAUUAUAAAUCAUAAAGAAUAUUAUGCCAUAUUGAAGGUGCUGUUGAUUCCAUAAUUUAGUACAAAACGGUUGUUUUAACGCGUGCAUGUCUCAUAAAUCAAAUGUCAUUUAACUAUGUUCGGUGUGUUAAGACUGAUUAUACCAACUAAUUUUGAUGUGUUCUUAAUUUUAUUUGUGUAUCUUCACUAUUAUGUAAUUUUAAUAUGAUUCUUAAAUGUAAAUUAAUUUGUAAAUGAUUGCCGAUUAAUGUAAUGUUAUUUUUUCUUAAUUAUUAAUGUCCACUUGCCAUGUUUGGGUAGUUGUUGUUUGGGAAACAAUACUAGACUUCAAAUGUUAUUUUUUUAACAAAUCUUAAUAGUAGGUAACUCAAAUAAUAAAUAUUGCAUAAAAAAUGAAGUUAAAAAAGUAUAAUGACGGAUCCUUUACCGUCACUCAAUUAAGAAACUUUAAUUAACUGGAUCUCAAAAAUAUAUAAUUUUUUCGUCGCGAAGAGUUAACUUUAAAAUUAAUGUUUUAAUAUUUUUUCCCAACAACAUUGCCCAAACAAUGAAUUGCUAAUUUCUCUUGCAUUUGUCGAGUACAAUAUUUUUGUAAGCACUCGCCAUUAGCGUGUCGUUUUGUUGCGAUGAACAAAUCAAUUAUCUAUCGCCCUAGCUUUAAUGAUAAUUAUUUUAGUGCAAUUAAAAUGGCGGACGCAAUAUGGUUGGCGGGACGAUGUGUGAAUGUAAUUGUAGAAGUUUGUAGACGACAAUUAUUUUGUAAAAAUACCCGCGCUGCGUCUCGGGACACAGUGGAUUCGCAAAAUUAUACAUAUGUAUAUGGAGAAAUAAAUUUAUGUGAGACCCAUA